AUGUAUUUGACGAUAAUAACCUACAAUAAUUUAUCAAAGUCAUUGAAACAUUUGAAGUAUUUCGGUCACAGUUUCAGAAGGAAUUUCGGCAACAUGUCUCAGAAAAUCAACCAGAGCAAAUCGUACAUUUCCGUGGAGCUACCCGACAACAAACCCAAAACCUCGAAGGGUCUAUUCGCUAGGAUAUUCAAGAAAAAAGGUCCCGACUCGAACCGCGAGCCCCGCUUGAAAACAUCGGAAUUAAAGAGGCUAUUCUCGUUAGCGAAACAGGAGAAAUGGAAACUAGUCAGCGCCGUCGGAUUCAUAUUGGUCUCGAGCUCAGUAACCAUGGCUAUUCCGUUCAGUCUGGGCAAAAUUCUAGAUAUAAUUUUCAGAGAAGAGGACAAAGACGUGGCGCGGGCGAAACUGAACGAAAUAUGCGGUAUAUUAUUAGCGGUUUUCAUACUUGGAGCCGUUUGUAACUUUUCUAGGGUUUAUUUAAUGUCCUCGGCCGGUUAUCGAAUGACUAACGCCUUGAGAAAACGAGUUUUCUCGUCCGUUCUGCGACAAGAACAAGGCUGGUUCGAUACGAGAGCUACGGGUGAACUUGUUAACAGACUAUCAGCCGAUACGCAAAUAAUCGGCACUUCGCUUUCCCGUAACAUAUCAGAUGGGAUCCGUUCGUUCGUAUUGGUUUGUACCGGAACGGGUAUGAUGUUUUACAUGUCUCCCGAACUGGCCUGCGUUGGACUGGCUAUCGUACCACCGGUUGCUGUGGUAGCUGUUAUGUACGGAAAGUACGUAAGGGGGAUUUCCAGACAAUUGCAGGAUAGGCUCGCCGAUACCACUAAGGUAGCAGAAGAGAAAAUCUCGAACGUGCGAACGGUGAAAUCGUUCGCCCGCGAACCCCGCGAGAUCCUCACCUACGACACCUCCAUCGAUCGAGUCCUAUCGAUCUGCUACAAAGAGGCCAAAGCCACGGCCUUCUUCUACGGCAUGGUGGGUUUCACCGGCAACGUCAUCAUCAUCUCGGUGCUCUAUUACGGCGGCGUGAUGGUCUCUUCGAACGCCAUCACCGUCGGUGGACUCUCCUCGUUUCUGCUCUACGCCGCUUACAUAGGAGUAUCGGUGGGCGGUCUGUCGAGUUUCUAUUCUGAGCUGAACAAAUCUUUGGGCGCCGCUACCAGAAUAUGGGAGAUAAUCGAUAGAGAACCGGCGAUUCCGUCGAAAGGCGGUUUGAUUCCUUUAGCGUUACCGAACGGUUCGAUCCGCUACGAAGACAUAGAGUUCAAUUACCCGUCGAGAAGCGACGUGGGGAUAUUCAAACAAUUAAAUUUGACCAUACGACCGGGCGAAAAUGUAGCCGUCGUAGGAGCGAGCGGCACGGGUAAAAGCACCCUGGGCGCUCUACUAUUGAGAUUGUACGAUCCCACUAAAGGCGCCGUGUAUUUAGACGAUUACGACAUCAAAAACUUGGAUCCGGAGUGGCUGAAGAAGCACAUAGGCGCGGUCUCGCAGGAACCCGUGCUGUUCUCCUGUUCGAUCAAAGACAACAUUCUGUACGGAGCCGAAGACGAUCAAAAGGUGACCGAAGAGGAAUUCGUGAAAGUGUGCAAGGAGGCGAACGUGUACGAAUUCGCGCGAGCCCUGCCCGAAGGGUUCGAUACGAUCGUGGGCGAGAGAGGGGUGAUGUUGAGCGGCGGGCAGAAGCAACGCGUCGCCAUAGCGAGGGCUUUGAUAAAGAAUCCUAAGGUUUUGUUGUUGGACGAGGCGACGAGCGCGCUCGACGCGCAAUCGGAGCAUUUCGUACGGGAGGCGUUGGAGCGGGUGAUGCGCGGACGGACGGUUUUGACUAUUGCGCAUCGAUUGUCGAGUAUCAGGAGCGCCGAUGCGAUUGCGGUGUUGCGCGAUGGGAAAAUCGUAGAGAUGGGAACGUACGAGGAGUUGACGAGACGCGACGACGGGGCUUUUAGGGAUUUGAUUAGGCAUCAGACGUUUGCGGAGGAGGUGCGAUGA